AUAUCCAAAGCAAACGAAACCUAAUACAUAUCUAUCUAGUGUAUACAUAGUCAUGAACAAGAUGGCAGCCAACUCACUUCUAUCCAUUGUCUUCUUGGCUGUGGCUUUGUCCCUGACCUCGGCUUCUGAUCCUGAUCCUCUGCAGGACUUUUGUGUUGCUCUUAAUGACACUAAGAAAGCUGUGUUCGUGAAUGGAAAAUUCUGCAAGGACCCAAAGCUUGCCACAGCCAGUGAUUUCUUCUUCUCAGGACUUAACAUGCCUGGAAACACAUCCAACCGAGUUGGCUCUAAUGUCACACUUGUAAAUGUUGAUAAACUAGCUGGACUUAACACCCUUGGUAUCUCAAUAGCUCGUCUUGAUUUUGCACCUUAUGGUCUCAACCCUCCACACACACACCCCCGUGCUACUGAGCUCCUCACUGUUUUGGAGGGAACACUCUAUGUUGGUUUUGUUACUUCUAACCCAGAUAAUCGUCUGAUCACAAAGGCUCUUUGCGCGGGUGACGUUUUCGUGUUCCCAGAAGGUCUCAUUCACUUCCAAUUCAAUGUUGGAGAAACCAACGCCGUGGCCAUUGCUGGGUUAAGCAGCCAAAACCCAGGUGUCAUAACUAUUGCAAAUGCGGUCUUUGGUUCAAAGCCACCUAUCUCUUCUGAUGUUCUGACCAAGGCCUUCCAAGUGGACAAAAAAGUAAUCGACUAUCUUCAAGCUCAGUUCUGGAUGGACAACAACAACUAGAAAGAUUAUCACAUAUAACUACCCAAGUAGUUAUUAUAUCAAAUUUUACUGAAUUAUUUGCUGGAGUUUUUGUUGAAUAAGCAAUUGUCUUGCCUUGACAAUUCCAAUAUAAUAAUGAGUUGAGUCUUAUUGUCUACUUCA